ACCUCCGCCCCUGGCAGUGGCCAGGGUCAGGUGCAGCUCGCUUUUCUCCCAAGUCCAGCAUUGUGUUGGACAUUUGGGGCAUUAAUUAGACUCAAAGGGCUAAGUCUAGAUUUGGCUACAGAGGAGGGUAAGGGCACUAUAUCACGCACACAGUUCAAGAAUCCCGAAAACAUGGUAAGUCUACAGCAGAGAUAUAGACGUAGGACUUGGAGACGCAGCUGAGCGACCUGAGGGAGGCGAGGACAGAAAAGCUGAGUUCCGCGGUGCCCUAUGGGAGCUGUAGUCCCUAGUAGUCUUCAGUCAUCUCUUCUCCACCGAUAGCGAACUGCAUCUCCCAGAUGUCCAUGCGGCGUUGAUGGGGGUGGGGGAAGCGCUCUGACGCGGUCCGGAGCCGCCGCGAGGGGGAGCGGAGCUGAAAAGCUGUGGCUGCCGGGGAGGAUCAGGAGCUGCCGGAGCAGCUACGGGGAGGCGGGUAACGGCCGCUGCCGUCUCCUUCGCUUUGGGUCUCUUUUCAUCACCCACUCCAGGCACGCCGAGCGCCACACGCAGUAUCCAUCCCCGUGGCCAUGGAGGAGCGUCAGGCCGGUGACCCCCAGCCGCGCGGGGUCCCGGAAUCGCCGAAACGAUGAAGGGUUGGGGGCGCUACAGCUACCGAAACGCUAGCCUGCCAGUCCUGCUCCUCUACGCCGUCUUCCCUCCUCGGCUGCUGAUCCUUCUUCCAUCCCCCUAGCUUCCAGCCUCUGUCCUUCCCCUCCCCCCCCUCCCUCCAGCCCCGCCUCGGCGUAGUCGCUGCCCCACCCCAUAGGGGGCGCUGUUGAGGGAGCUGUUGGUUUUCAUGCCAUCCUGUGGCUCCCUGUGGAGGAGUGGAAGCCCCUGAGAAAGGCAAAGAGACUCAGGGCUCGAACCCUUUCUUCUGCCGCCCCCUCCUCCACCCCGCCUCCAGCUGUGCGCGUUUCCUGGCCUCAUCCUUCUUACCUCCCUCUCCAAAAUGUGGCAGAGCGUGGGGCUGACCCUGCUGGUGAUCGUGGCCACGCUGCUCUGCGUCCUGCUCUUCAUGCUGUGCGGUUGGUAUGUCGUUUGGCAUCUGUUUUUGUCCAAAUUCAAGUUCCUCAGAGAGCUAAUAGGAGACACAGGAUCCCAACAGGGAGAUAAUGAGCCUUCAGAGUCUGAAGCUGAGCAGGAGUCUCCACCCACUCCACAGAGGAUCCGAACCAAAACCGUUUGGCAUCGGCGGCCACCUGUAGAAGAAAUCUCCACCUAACAUAGCAGCACCUCAGGGCAUUUAUCCUUAAGAAAUGAUAACAGGUGGUUGCUUGUGUGACUCAGUGGUUUUAGGAUUUAUUGAGAUUCUGACUAAAGAAUUUGUAUUCUUGGAUUUUAAAUGCAUAACUACUUUAGGCAUUUAGAAGAGGUUUGCAUGAAAGCCAUAUAGAAAUAAAGGGAAUAAAAACCAAACUAGACCAUUGCAAGUUUUUCCAUCUUAAAAAAGUAGCCAUGUGUACCUCUUCCUAGUUCUUUGAUUUAUUUCCUUCUGGUUUGACUAUGGUAAAUGUAAAAGAUAUAAAGUAGUUCAUGUACCUCUUUUUCCUUACAGCACAGAAAUGAUUAGUAUUAGUUCAACCCUUUAUUGUUGAUAAAUGAUUUUUCUUUUUAAAAAUAUAUUUGCUUCUAUGUGAUUUGUCCAGGAACCCAUAAUCCCCUGGAAGAUAUUUCUUAGAUUUCAGCGUUAAGAAAGAGUGAGGUUUUGUUACUUUUUUUAGAUGGGAAGUACUUCAUGCUAAAUUUAUUAGCUGUGGAGAUAGUAGUCCAUCUCUAAAAAAAAAAUACAGUUAGGUGGCCACAAAGAUUUUUUUGUUUUGAGAGAGAAAGGGAAUAGAGAAUGAUAGGGUUAAAACCUGAAUAAAUAUAAAAUGACCAUUGCUAGACUUCUAUAUUUGUCUUAGGAGAACUUCAGAGAUUGGAUUUGCCAGAGAUAAAAAGGUUUAUGAGUUAAUUAUCUUCACCAUUCAAUUUUCCUCAAUUGUUAUUUGCCUUGUUUAAGUACUAAUUACAUCUCCACCCCCAUAUGGUGUCUAUUUUUAAUAUUAUAUAUUUGUUAUCAAAUGUCUUUUUUUUGUUGUUCUUCUAGAACUAAUUAUUUUAAAUUUUUACAAAACUGGGUUAUACCCCACUAUAAUCUUUUCUAGUACUGUGUAAUCAUUUUUGGAAGUUCAUGUUCCAUGAUGGUGGUAUAUUUGUUUAAUGGUGCAGUUACUAUUUCCUAAAUUAUUCCUAUUGCACACAAGUUUUUGUCAGUGUAACUGAUUUAAACUCUGUAUUGUGGCUUUUCAGGAAUUAUGAAAGAAGAUUGAUCCAAAGACCAUACCCUCCCCCCCAACACCUCUCCCAUCAAUUUUGGGGGAAGUAUUUACAUUUAUGUUUUGGGACAAUCUGUCUUUUGCUUGCUUUUUUAAGAUAAUUCUUUAGUUGAUUUUUUUACUUUUUAGUUACCUGUGUCAAAGCAUUGUUUCUAAACAGGUAAACAUAAAUCAUUAAUCUUGAAUUUGUGGGGUGGCUUGUAUAAAGAACAAGAGAAACAAUAAAAAUGAUCAUUUAAAUAUUGGUUCUGAGAAAAAAAUUUAAAUUUUAAAUUUUAUAGUUAUAGUUUAACUAUAAAAUUUUAAUAACUAUAUUCUGUAUUAGAACCUAUGCUGACCAUACUUAGCUGAGAAACACUAAAUAGCUAGUCACCAUCCUUUCCUGCCAGUAUUAUUGUAGAAUGAAUGUCUAGACUCUUCCCUGAAAGGUGUAGAAGAAUGAUCAUUCCAAUGUAAUUGCUUCCACAACAGGUAUUUUUUGAGAGGGAAGAGAUUAAGGGUAGAAAGGAAGGGUACUAUGUUCUGACAUUUGUACUAUAUUAAUUAUAGUUUGUUUUUUCAGGGUUAUAGUUUUCAGGAAAUUUUGUACUUAACCUUUUUUUAUAUUGGAUUGGAAGGAAGGAACCCACAAAAGCACUGAUAUUCCAAUUUUUGCUUCACUCAUUAAGACAUAGAAUUUGGCCUUACUACCUUCCAAGGCUACUGUUCAACUUUUGGGCAACUGUGUUAUUAGGAGAUUUAUCCUUAGUUAAUAUCUAGUUCAUCAGUAUAAUUUUAUGGAAAGGGAAUCACUGAUAUUGGCAUUAUGUUUGAUUCCCACAUUUUUUUAGUUCACUUUGUGUAGUUUAAGUUUUUCUAGUUUUUCUUAUGAUAAACAACCCUUUUUAGGUAGGGCUAUCCAUUUUUAAAGGAAGUGCCACACUUUCUUAUUAUAUUUUUAGCAUUCAGAAACAUUUCUAGCCAUUUUCUUAAAUAGAAUAGAAAGAUGGCAAAUCCAUUAUGGAGUAUUAACUUCCACUUUCUAAUUCAGUUGGCAAUUCUUUAUUAUCUGAAUAAUGCAACUCCUUUACUGUAUUUUCUAGUCUUUUAAGAAGAUUAGUAAGAAUAGCUCAUAGUCUUUUUUGAGAUUCAAAAACUUUGGGGCUGUAAAAUAUGUAAAUCAUAAAACAUUUCUUCAUUAUUUGAAUUCUUGUAUGCUUAGCAUGAUGGUGACCUUGAACCAAACUUCACUUUUAUGAGAAAACAAAUGCUGAUUCUAGAACUAAAUAAUUAUUUUAAUCAAACAUACAGUACUAUGGAGAGUAAUUCUGUACUUCAGAACUAGAACUUUGUUGUCCAUCCUUGACACCAUUCCCAAAUAUUUCUCUUUCUUCUGCCUAAGAGAAUAUAUGUAGCUUUGUAGAUUAGGUAGUUAUUUGAAUGAAGAUUAGCCAAAUCAGUUGCAGUACUAUAACUAGAUGCCAAUAACACUAAUCCUUUGAAUAACACUGUUAAAUGAUGCUUUUGAUCUUUAUAGUAAGCUAAUGCUAGUGUUCUUAGAAUCUGAAAUCUUUCUAAUGAAAUUUGAUGAUGAAGAUAUAAAUGCAUUACAAGAAUAUGAGGGAGAACCAGCUCAGAGAUAUUUAGCAAGCGUCUUAUGACACUGAUCUGUAAUGAACUGCUAUAUAAGUUCACAAAAACAUGUCAAGGUUCCUGUCUUAGUAAAAGUGUCGAACUUCUUGAAGUCUUGAGUUCUGAAGAACAUACUGUGCUUUUUGAACAUUUUGACAUUUUUACCAAAAGACAUUUUGUAAAAUGUGAAACAUAGCUCAUCUUUUGAUUUUUAACAAAAGAAAAAUCUUAAAACACAAAUCAUUUAAAUCAAUGAUGUAAUCUUUAAAAAGUGGCAUUUGUCUUAAAAAUUAUGCCUUAGUGUCAUACCCCAUUUAGUGAAUGUAACUUUAGGUUUUUGUUUGCUAGACUUCAAAUAUUUCCUUACUUGAAGUUGUCUCUUAAUAAAGUGAACAGCAAUCACAAUACAUACCAUACAAAGCAGGUAUUGGAAUAGAUUUUUCCUGUGGAUUCUAGACAAAAUAUUGGGUCUGGGUAUUGACUGCUUUCAGUGAUUAGAUAAAUUAUGGUUUUGAACCUAGAAAGCAUAAGGAGUCUAUUUCUUUUUUAAAACUAUUAGUAGAGAGUUUUAAAAAAUCUGCUAACAGGCACUUGCUGACUUUUAUUUUAUGGUGAAUGUUUAACAUUUAUCCACAAAGCUUAAUUCUAUGCAGCUCAUUCACCAAAUACUGCUGCUGUGGCUACUUACAGUAAAUACUGUGUGAUGUGCUACAAAACAUCGUCACCUUGCUGCUUGAUGUUAGGUUUACAUUGAAUUAGACUCGUGUUAUUAUAGUACUUUUUUUGUACAAAGAUAUAUCUUUUGGAGAUAUUGAAGAAUGUGUAUAAGUGGUUAUUUUGCCUCUUCAGUGUUCAAAAAUGAUAACUGUUAGAUAUUGUACCUGAUGCUUUUGUGGUUUGUCUUUAUCAUCAUGUUUCAACUGUUUUAUUUUAAACUGACUUUACAUAAAAUAAAUAAAAAUGGAAAGCAACUAAA